AACCCAAAAGAGACACACUUCCAGUCACAGAAAACAAACACACAUAGACCAGAAGAAAUCAUGAACAAACCUUCUCUUCAUCAAUCAAUUAUCUUCUUCUUAGCAACCCUUCUCCCAUUAAUCUUCACCGUCCAUUCUCAACCCUCUCCAUCACCAUCACCAUCAGACGACUCGGAUUUCAUCCAGCAGAGCUGCAACACAACGUUAUACCCUGACGUCUGCGUCUCCUCUCUCUCAAACUUCUCAACCUACGUCCACAACGACCCAGCACUCUUGGCUCGAGCCGCAAUCUCCGUCACUCUCUCCAAGGCUCUCGAGUUGGGCAAAUACCUCUCCGACGUCUCUACUCUCCCAGAAAGCCACGAAGACGGUGGCCACCACCCAACCGCAGCCGCCGUUUUUCAUGACUGCUUCGAGAACCUCAAAGAUGCGGUCGAUGAAAUGAGAGGCUCUAUGAAACAGAUGAGAGAUUUGGUCACCACUGGCUCGCUGCAGUCUUUUAGGUUCCAGAUGAGUAACGUGCAGACUUGGCUUAGUGCGGCUUUAACCGAUGAGGAGACUUGUACAGACGGGUUUAAAGACGUUCAAGAUGAGCCGAGGAAAGAUGAGGUGUGUGCUCGGGUCGAUGACGUCAAGAAGUUGACUAGUAAUGCGUUGGCCCUAGUUAAUCGAUGUGUUGAUAAUGCGAUUCAUUGAUUAUAUUACGAAUCAAAUAUUCUUCUUCUUUUUCACUUUCAAAAUAAAUUAUUGGUUUUCUGUUUUUGUUUCUCACGCGUGCAUGAUAGAGAUAUGUAAUAAGAUAAUUCUGUUUUUUAGUUGGCUAAAAUGAAAUAGGAGCAUUAUGUACUUGAUAACGCUUUUUCGUUUGUGGAAAUUAUAAAAAAAAAACUAGUUUGUGGAAAUAAUUAGUAGUCUAUUAUUUUAUUUUACGAAAGUCCCUUUCGAUUCUUU